UUCCCUUUGUUUAAGUUUUUAGAUCUAUUUAUUUCAGAUUCGCUGUUUUUCUGUUUGUUUCUUUGGAUACAUUUUUCUGUAAAUUUCCUCAAUUUUGUGCUUCUGUCAUGUGAUUUUAGUAUCUGUACUAAAUCUCGUGUUGAGUGCAUAUCUUCUGCAUCUUCCCCUUCCCUUCCCUUCUUUGCUAGUGUGAUUUUUUUUUUGUCGUGGGAGUUCGUGUUAAAAGAAGGGAUCUUGGUUUCCAUUUGCCCGCUCAGUGAAUAACUGAAGAUUAAGGUGAAACAUCGAUUUUUUCUGCAGUGCUUGUGGUAUAAAGUUGUGCACCAUUGAUAUGGUCUGGAGUCAUCUGUUGACUCAAGUGUAAAUUUCUUUUAUGCAACCAUAUUAAAGGAUCUAUCCAGUUAGGGCUACAAGAGUCUUGCAGCAAUGUCAUUCCGUAGUAUAGUUCGUGACGUGAGAGAUGGGUUUGGGAGUUUAUCAAGGCGGAGUUUUGAUCUGAGGCUGUCAGGUCAUCAUAGAGGGAAAUCUCAUAGUUCAAUGAGUGAGUUGCAUGACCAGCCUGUGGUCAUCCAGAACAGUUGUUGGGCUAGCCUCCCGCCUGAGUUACUGCGCGAUGUGAUUAAGAGAUUGGAGGCGAGUGAGAGUACUUGGCCUGCUCGGAAGCAUGUUGUUGCCUGUGCUGCUGUGUGCAGGUCAUGGAGGGAAAUGUGCAAGGAAAUAGUUACAAGUCCUGAGUUCUCUGGGAAAAUUACCUUUCCAGUUUCCCUUAAGCAGCCAGGGCCCAGGGAUGGAACCAUUCAGUGCUUUAUUAAGCGGGACAAGUCAAACUUAACUUACCAUCUUUUCCUAUGCCUUAGCCCUGCUUUGCUUGUUGAAAAUGGGAAGUUUCUGCUGUCUGCAAAAAGGACCCGUAGAACUACUUGCACCGAGUAUGUAAUCUCAAUGGAUGCAGAUAACAUAUCAAGGUCAAGCAGCACUUAUAUUGGAAAACUGAGGUCAAAUUUUCUAGGCACCAAAUUCAUAAUUUAUGACACGCAGCCCCCUUACAACAACGCUCAACUUUCCCCACCUGGCCGGAGUCGAAGGUUCUAUUCAAAAAAAGUAUCUCCUAAGGUCCCCACAGGAAGCUACAACAUUGCUCAGGUUACAUAUGAGCUGAAUGUGCUGGGCACAAGGGGUCCACGUAGGAUGCACUGUACAAUGCAUUCAAUCCCUGCCUCAUCGCUUGAGCCAGGUGGUUUUGUCCCAGGCCAACCUGAGCUCCUACCACGUUCCCUUGAAGACUCAUUUAGGAGCAUUUCCUUCUCAAAAUCAAUUGAUAAUUCAACUGAAUUUAGCAGUGCCAGGUUCUCAGACAUUGUUGGACCUCGAGAUGAGGAUGAUGAGGGCAAGGAGAGACCACUGGUUCUCCGGAACAAGCCACCAAGAUGGCACGAGCAGUUGCAAUGUUGGUGCCUAAAUUUUCGUGGAAGAGUGACUGUUGCCUCUGUCAAAAAUUUUCAACUGAUUGCUGCAACGCAACCUGCUGCUGGUGCACCAACACCAUCGCAGCCAGCUCCAUCUGACCAUGACAAGAUAAUUCUGCAGUUUGGUAAGGUUGGCAAGGAUAUGUUUACCAUGGAUUAUCGGUAUCCUUUGUCUGCAUUUCAGGCUUUUGCUAUCUGCUUGAGCAGCUUUGACACGAAAUUGGCAUGUGAAUAGAAAGAAAAGAGACCACGGCAAGACAUAGAAACAUUUAGUAGUUGCUAAGCCUUUUCUUUUCUAGGGUUUCAUAGGAUGGUAGGGUGGGGAGAGAUAAGGGAGGUGUUGCAUGCAGUCACUGUACAACUAACUACUGUCAACUGGAAAGUGCAAAGAACAUCUUCUAUGCACGUUGGAGAGGACUAUUUCGUUUUCUCACCCUUUUACCGCUGUUUUCCUUGCUUUAGUUUGCAUUGAACGGUUCAUUGUGUUCUUAUCUGCUACCAUUUAAGCGUUAACUUUGUACUUUUCACAAGAAAAGUUGAAAAAAGAUUCAAUAUGGAAAGUGUGAUUGACGGCAUCUUUGAACAA